UCAUUGAUUUUAAAACUAAAUAGGUAAAAACCCAAGAUCAAAGUGAUUAUGUUAAAUCACUAAGCCUAAUAAUUUGUGACUAAAUAAACUUUUAAAUUGUGUAGGUACCUUCCCACGAUAUAAAACCGUAAUUUAAACAAUAAGUAUUUUUUUAAAAAAUUAGAGCAAUCCUGGUAAACAAAAACAUUACGUCAUACUGAUAAUCUAAAACUUCCACAAAAAUGAUCAAAUAUCGAUAUUAGGGACAAAGCUAAAAUCGAUUACGAAUGUUUUGAAAUUGACGUAAUGAUCAUGUUCUUUAGUCUAUCUAUAUUGUAGUGUUGGUACCUCACAGUGGGGUCAAAGAUUAUUCCUUUAAAAUUUUAAACAUUCCAAUGUAGACUCUAUUUUCCUCUAGUAAAAGGUUUUAUUCCGAGUGUAUCAUUUAAACUUCAUGUAGAUAAGUUUAAAUAAAUAUUUCUUUAAUUUAUAAGUUGAUAACUCGCUUGAUUUCUAAUAAUAGUCUUUUGUGACGGGUUACAUCUUGAUUAAGUACGUUUUAUAUUUUGAAAAGAAUAAAUCAUGAUCCUUUUGAAAGGACUUAUUAGCAUGAAAAUGCUUCCAAGGCGCAAGCUAAUAUCAAUCAUGGCAACGUACUCUACGAAAGUAUCGCUAAAUGAGGUUGUAAUAGCUUCAGCAGUUAGGACUCCCAUGGGAUCCUUCCGAGGGAGCUUGGCUAGUCUCUCAGCACCAGAACUAGGUGCCGUUGCAGUGAAGGCAGCUAUUGAAAGAGCCGGCAUUCCAAAGGAGGAAGUUAAAGAGGUUUACAUUGGCAAUGUUUGCUCUGCAUCUCUCGGGCAAGCUCCUGCCAGGCAGGCUGUGAUAUAUGCUGGUCUCCCAAAAAGCACAAUAUGCACUACAGUUAACAAAGUAUGCUCCUCUGGUAUGAAAUCUGUAAUGCUAGCAGCACAGGGUCUUCAAACUGGAGCUCAAGAUGUCAUUCUUGCUGGUGGAAUGGAAUCCAUGUCAAACGUACCGUUCUACCUGAAGAGAGGUGAAACCACAUAUGGUGGAGUACAAUUAAUAGAUGGUAUUGUAUUUGAUGGCUUAACUGAUGUAUACAAUAAGUUCCACAUGGGCAACUGUGCAGAGAACACUGCUAAGAAAUUAGAAAUAACUAGGCAGCAACAAGAUGAUUAUGCAAUAUCCAGUUAUAAAAGAAGCGCCUCUGCUUAUGAAUCAAAGGCGUUUGCUGAUGAAUUAGUACCAGUACCAGUCCCACAAAAACGUGGAGCCCCUCCAGUAAUAUUUGCAGAAGAUGAAGAAUACAAAAGAGUCAACUUUGAGAAGUUCAAUAAAUUAGCUACCGUGUUUCAGAAAGACAAUGGUACAGUAACAGCAGGUAAUGCUUCAACUUUGAAUGACGGAGCAGCAGCUUUAGUACUAAUGACUGCAGAUGCUGCACAGAGAUUAAAUGUUACCCCAAUUGCUCGCAUUGUUGGAUUUGCUGAUGGUGAAUGUGACCCAAUUGACUUCCCCAUUGCACCAGCAGUAGCGAUACCCAAGCUAUUAGAAAAGACUGGUGUUAAACAGGAUGAUGUAGCAUUGUGGGAAAUUAAUGAAGCAUUCAGUGUGGUGGCAGUGGCCAAUCAAAAGCUUUUAGGUCUAGACCCAGCUAAGGUUAACGUCCAUGGAGGUGCAGUCAGCUUGGGUCACCCUAUUGGCAUGUCAGGUGCUCGUCUUGUUGUACAUUUAUGUCAUGCUCUAAAGAAAGGAGAGAAAGGUGUAGGGGCUAUCUGUAACGGUGGCGGUGGCGCUUCAUCAAUUAUGAUUGAAAAAUUGUAAGUUUAUUAAAAUAAUAUGUAUUUAUGUCAAAAAUUCUACCACCUACCACAUUAAAAUAAAUUAAACUGUAAAUGUAUAAAAUAAAUUUAACAGUGUUGUGGUAUUGGCUUGAUUUAUUUAUAAAUGUUCCACUGGUGCCUUCUAAUUUGCGAUAGGUGUAUGUAAAAAUAAUAAUUUAAUAUGUAUUAAUUUGUGUACUCUGUAAAAUAGUUCUAAGUGUUAUUUUAUAGAUAGCUUACAUAUUUUAUAGUUUUGUAUGUUAUAUUCUGGGAAUAUAAAAAUAUUAUGUAAUGAUUAAAUCAAGUGCACUUCA